AUGGCAGGCAGUGAUGUGGCUGUAGGCAUCAUCUUCCUGGCACAGACUGUGGUUGGAGCUCUGGGCAAUUCCUCUCUUCUCCUCCAUUACCUGGUCAUUAACUUCACUGGGUGCAGGGUAAGACACACAGACUUGAUUCUUCAGCACUUGAUUGUGGCCAACUUGUUAACUCUCCUGUGUAAAGGAGUUCCCCACACAAUGGCAUCUUUUGGAAUGAAAGGUUUCCUCGGUGAUUUGGGGUGCAAGCUGCUUUUCUAUCUUCACAGAGUGGGAAAAGGUAUGUCCAUUGGCAGCACCUGCCUCCUGAGUGUCUUCCAGGCCAUUAAGAUCAGCCCUGGAGACGCCUGGUAUUCAGAGCUUCAAGUGAAAUCUCCCAAUUACAUUGGUUUCUCCAUACACCUGAGCUGGAUUCUGUACAUCUUUUUAAAUGUUAUGUUUCCUCUGGUCAUGACAGGAAAAUUGAGUAACAGAAACAUCACCAGUCUAAAAGAUUUUGGAUACUGUUCUGUUGUUCGUCGUGACAAAACCACAGGCUUACUGUUUACAGCAUUGCUAACCUUCCCUGAUGCCCUGUGUGUGGGGCUCAUGCUCUGGGCCAGCAGCUCCAUGGUGCUCAUCCUGCACAGGCACAAGCAGAGAAUGCAGCAACUUCAUAAGACCAUCUCCUCCAGGUCUUCCCCUGAGUCCAGAGCCACCAAAACCAUCCUUCUCCUGGUGAGCACCUUUGUCUCUUUUUACACAACUUCCUGCAUCUGUCAGAUUUGUCUGGCUCUGAUUUCGAAUCCCACCUGGUUCCUGUUGAACACAACUGCAGUAAUCACUGGGUGUUUCCCAGCUGUCAGCCCCUUUCUGCUUAUGAGCAGCAACUCCAAUGCAUCCAAGCUCUGGCUCACUUGGAUAAGGAAUAGGAAAACCCUGUUACCAUGA